AUGGCCUUUGUUUAUCAGGCUGAAAGAGAUCUUAAUCAAUCGGCAACUUAGGUUCCAGCUAAUGUUGGUCCAGGGACAUAUACCUUGUUGAAAAGUCAACCUCUCAGAUAAUCAGUUGCACCAUUCAAUAGUCAGACACUUCGUAGCAAACCUAUUAAGUAGAACUCUCUGCCAGGACCAGGGAGUUAUAAUGUCAAUUUUGUGAAUGCAGGAUAGAAGGUUGUGCUUCAAUCAACCCAAUCGGAAGUGCAAAUAUUGGAGAUGCCAAAGCAGCAUUCGGUGUUUGCUUCAAAAUGUCGCAGGUUUUAAGAGGGCUCCAAGAAUGAGAAUCCAGGUCCUGGGUCAUACGAGCCAGAAGUUAUUCAACAAUAACGGUACUAGAUGGCCACUCAAGAGAAUCUAGUAGAAUAGUUAAUGAAGUUAAAUAAAUACAAAUCAAUUCCCUCUAUUCCAAGCAAUUCCCAAAUUCAUGGUUACACUGAUAAUGGAAGUCUGGAGCUCAACAAAAGUCCAUAAGAUAUCCUCACAGGAUUAAAGAAUGAUUCAGUUGGUCCAGGACAGUAUGACUUGAAGGACUUGUUUGACUAAAACAAAAAUAAAGGGUUUAAUUGGCAUAAAUCAAAACAACCUAAAUUAGCUCCUGUGGUAUCAAAGGAAAAAUAAUUACUGGUGGGUCCAGGCAAUUACGAUAUCCAAGAAGAUAAUCAACCUCUUUACAAAUUGAUGCCUUCAGGGUCAUUCCAAUCAAAAACCCAAAGAUUGUUCGAUAUGGAAAGAGGAUAGAAAGCUCGUAGUUUUAUGCGAUAUCAAUUCGAAAAAAAGAGAAAUCAACUCUUGUCCAGUCCCCAAUUUGCUGAUCUUCAAGAUGAGGAAAUCGAAUACAUAGAGGAUGCCACUCCAGGUCCUGGAUAUUAUCAUAAAGAUUCCACAACUGCUUCAACCUAUUCUAAAUCAGCCACCAAAAUAGAAACAUAAUGUUUCGGCUCAAAAUAAAAAAGAUUUGGAGACGAACAAGUGUCUACCUCCAUUGGACCAGGAGAUUAUAAAGUCGAUGCCCAACUUGCCAAUAAGAGUCUAUCUUACAAAUAGCCACCAUUUAUGUCUUCCAAUAGUCGCUUUGAAGCUAAAUUGCAAGAAAAAAGACCAGGACCUUAAACAUAUAAUCCAAAAUAAACAUUAGAAUAUAAUUUGGUUAAGAAAUUAGAAAGGGCUCCGGUAGGGAAAUUUGGAUACAACUAACCUAGAUUUGAUGAUAACUAAUUUUAAGUGCCAUAACCAGGACCUGGAUCAUAUGAUUUUAGUAGAAAGAGCCCAGAAAAGGGAGCAUAAUCAGUCUUUAAAUCUUCAACUAAGAGAGCAGGACCUGGAUCAUAGAGUAAAUCUGAGAUUCCUGCUCCUGGGCAAUAUGAUCCAAAAAAUUAUACAAUUUAAUAUAAGACUAAGAUUGAGGAAGAGGAGGAUCCUGCUCUAAAGAUCUAAAAACCUCCCUUCAUGUCAUCCAUGCCAAGAUUUUAAAAUAAGGAAGAAAAGAAAAUUGAGGAACUUGAGGAAGAAGAAGAAAGCAUAAGAAAAAGUCCUUAGAAAGAAUCAUACAAAUUGCCCUUUUAAGUCAAAAAGCAUGCACCUCCUUUCAACAUACAAGAAAAGCGAUUUUAGUAUGAGAAUUCUAAAAACUAAUCUCCAGGUCCAGGUGAAUAUCAUGAUCCAUAAAGGAAUCCUUGGGAUAAGAAAACUUACAACAUCCAAUUCUCUGAAAUUUGA